CCGGCGGGGGGCGCGGCGGUGCCAGUGGCCCUUCCGGCGGCUGUUCCGGUCCCGGUCCCGGUGGCGGCGGUGCCCGCCCGCCAUGCCAUGUCCGCGCUCAACUGGAAACCCUUCGUGUAUGGCGGGCUCGCCUCCAUCGUGGCCGAGUUCGGCACGUUCCCCGUGGACCUCACCAAGACGCGGCUGCAGGUGCAGGGGCAGAGCACCGACGCGCGGUUCCGCGAGGUGCGGUACCGGGGCAUGUUCCACGCGCUCUUCCGCAUCUGCCGCGAGGAGGGAGGACGGGCCCUGUACUCGGGGAUCGCCCCGGCACUGCUGAGACAGGCAUCCUAUGGCACCAUCAAGAUCGGGAUCUACCAGAGCCUGAAGCGGCUCUUCGUGGAUCGCAUGGAAGAUGAAACGUUGCUCAUCAAUGUGAUCUGUGGGGUGGUCUCGGGGGUCAUCUCCUCUGCGCUGGCCAAUCCCACAGAUGUGCUGAAGAUCCGAAUGCAGGCUCAGGGCAGCUUGUUCCAGGGCGGGAUGAUCGGCAGCUUCAUUGACAUCUACCAGCAGGAAGGUACCCGAGGCCUCUGGAGGGGUGUUGUCCCCACGGCCCAGCGAGCUGCCAUCGUGGUGGGGGUGGAGCUGCCAGUCUACGACAUCACCAAGAAGCAUUUAAUCCUGUCGGGCCUCAUGGGUGACACCAUCUUCGCCCACUUUGUUUCCAGCUUCACGUGUGGACUGGCGGGGGCCAUCGCCUCCAACCCCGUGGACGUGGUGCGGACGCGCAUGAUGAACCAGCGGGCAAUCGUGGGCAGCACGGAGCUCUACAAGGGCACUCUGGAUGGCCUCGUGAAGACAUGGAAGAGUGAAGGCUUCUUUGCACUCUACAAAGGCUUUUGGCCCAACUGGCUUCGGCUGGGUCCCUGGAACAUCAUUUUUUUUAUCACAUACGAGCAGUUGAAGCGCCUCCCAUUCUGACAGCUGCCUUCAUCUCACCACAGUCACCCUCAGGGCUGGCAGCAGAGCUGUGCUGCCGCCUCCCUCUUCAUCCCACCAUCCCCAUGUCGUGGUGUUUGGUACCUGUGGGCUGGGCUCCCCCCCAAAUGCAUGGUCCCUGGAGCAUGAGCUGGCUGGGAUAGCCGGGAGCCCGUGGCAGGAGCUGCAUGUUUCCCACCUGGAGGUGUACGUGUGCCUGGGCCUGCAGGAAUAUCUUCUGUGAAGAUCUGUGCAUUCCAGUGGCCUUCAGGGCACUGUGGCUCGUGGGUUGGCAGCAUGGGUGUCCUCUCGUGCCCACAGGGCGGGGCUGGGGCCCUGGAAGGUGCCAUUGUCAUGUUUAUUGCCGAACUGUAACUCCAUUAAAUUAUUUAUUGACUGGA